ACGGUUUCUGAGUUUUACAAGUAAAACCAAGCAUCACUCCAUCUUCACAUUUUCUCCAUCUAUAUAUACCUUGCCCAUACAACCCAUUGUCUCCAUCUCCAUCUCCAUCUUUUCUCUUGAUUACAACUAGUUUACCCAACUCACAACCUGAUCAUUUGUUCUCUCUCACUCAAAGACAAUGGUGAGUUCUUGGGGUGGUAGAGUGAAAAUGCCAACCUUGCUCUUUUGCAUCAUGUUCUUUCUCACUGUGUCAGUCUCGUCAGCAUCCCUUAAAGUCGGCUUCUACAAGUAUACUUGCCCUUCGGCUGAGACAAUUGUGAGGAAAGUUGUGAAUAAGGCUGUGUCGCGGAAUCCUGGCAUGGCUGCUGGCGUCAUUAGGAUGCAUUUCCAUGACUGCUUUGUUAGGGGUUGUGAUGGCUCGGUCCUACUUGAUUCAACGCCUGGAAAUCCAUCGGAAAAGGAAAAUCCAGCAAAUAAUCCAAGCUUGAGAGGUUUUGAGGUGAUUGAUGCUGCAAAGGCUGAAAUUGAAGCUCAAUGCCCACAAACUGUGUCUUGUGCAGAUGUCCUUGCAUUUGCCGCACGUGACAGUGCCUACAAGGUUGGAGGAAUCAACUAUGCCGUGCCAUCAGGACGUCGCGAUGGAAGAGUAUCACUGAAAGACGAGCCUUCCCUACACCUGCCCCCUCCUUUCUUCAACGCCAAACAGCUUGAGGAUAAUUUUGCACGAAAGGGCCUCACUCUUGAUGAAAUGGUGACACUCUCUGGGGCACAUUCUAUAGGGGUGUCUCAUUGUUCUUCCUUCUCAAACCGCCUCUACUCUUUCAAUGCCACUAACCCUCAAGAUCCUUCAAUGGACCCUGAGUUUGCUAGAUACUUGAAAACCAAGUGUCCUCAACCAUCAAACACAGGCAGUGAUCCAACAGUGGCACUUGAGGUUCUGACACCCAAUAGGUUGGACAAUAAGUACUAUAAAGAUUUGAAGAACCACAGGGGCUUAUUGACAUCAGAUCAGACUCUUUUUGACAGCCCUUCAACAGCGAGGAUGGUGAAGAAUAAUGCAAGGUAUGGUGCAAAUUGGGGUAAUAAGUUUGCAGCAGCAAUGGUUAGAAUGGGUGCCAUUGAUGUUCUCACAGGGACCCAAGGCGAGAUCAGGAAGAACUGCAGAGUUGUGAACUAGAUAAUAUAUAUGAGGAAUUCAUUAGCAUUCAUGGAAUAUUUGUUUGUGCUCUUUAAUUUGAUACAUUAUUUCUUUGCUCAUGACUCAAGUGUAAAUAUCCUUUUAAGUACAAGUUUUUGUAUUAAUUUGAUCAUCUUUUCA